AAUGUCGCACCUGUGGACAAAGACCAAAGGUUAGCAAGUGACUAGUUAGCUAGUCUGACAGCUGACAGGGCAGGACCCCGUCAGCCCAGUGAAACCCAGUGAAAAUAUCAAGCUCCAAAUGAGUGUACCUGCAGCAACGGCACAGAAAUCAGACGGCAACAACAGUGAAAUGCAAUCAGCUGCAGUGGCUCCCUCCUUCAUCCCCAGCCAGACGGGGAAGAUACCGGGCAGGAAGAGAGGGAGACCCCCGCUCCGCAAUGUCGCCAAGAUGGAUUUUCCUAAUCGUUACCCUGAAUCGCUCCCACCACUCAAAGUGCCAAAGAAGAGGGGGAGAAAGCCGGGCUUCAAGCUCAAACCCAGGAUGGUGAUGACGCCGUUGGCUAUUUCUCCACCCAGCAGCACCCCUGAACCCGAUAUGAGCUCCAUUCCUCAGGAUGCCGCCACCAUCCCCCACUCUGCCACGCCCCAGGUGCUCACAGUCUGUAUCUACAUCAACAAGCAGGCCAACACGGGCCCCAACCUGGACAGGAAGAAGAUCCAGCAGCUCCCUGAUCACUUUGGACCCGACAGACCCUCCGUGGUGCUGCAGCAGGCCGUCCAAGGCUGCAUCGACAGCGCCUUCCAGCAGAAAACAGUGUUCACCCUCCUCACGCAAGGCUACGGGGGAGAAAAAAUAUCAGCCACAUUUGAUGGGAAGCAGCACCUUCUCAGCCUCCCCGUGGUGAAUAGCAUCGACUAUGUGCUUCGUUUUCUGAAGAAACUCUGUCGCAGCUUGCACUGUGAAAACCUCUUCAGCGAUCAGCCCAUUACCCAGCACAGUGGUGGCUCCUACCAGUCAGAUGCUGAAACAUCUAUGGCCGAGGACUACCACUUAGACCAGUCGGACGGCAAACGCUACUCCGUGGACCCCGGCGACUCUGCUUUCAGCUCCAUAAGCUCGUCCUACUCACCAAAGUCCUCCUACGGGUUUCGUUCAUCACAGCAGUUCUCCAACGGCUCGGCCUCCAUGAGCAUGUGCAGGCAGUCGUCCACCAGCCCAAACACAUUCCCAGAGAGCAACAGGACAGGAGGUUAUAAUGCAUCUCCAGAGUCCCAGGAGUCCAAAGCUCCACCCAAUAAGGACCCAUCCACCUGGUCUGUGGAAGAUGUUGUCUGGUUCAUCAGGGACGCAGACCCCCAGGCUCUCGGCCCCCAUGCAGACGUCUUUAGAAAACAUGAGAUUGACGGAAACGCUUUGUUACUCCUGAAGAGUGACAUGAUCAUGAAGUACCUCGGACUGAAGCUGGGGCCGGCCUUGAAGCUUUGCUACCACAUCGACAAACUAAAGCAGACUAAGUUCUGAAAACCUUCCACGAUAUAUAUAUAUCUCCUCCCGAGAAUGAAUCCGAGAGCACGUUUGAGUAGGGUCACGUCUGGGGACUUCAGGUCUUAGGUCCCCAGACAUGAGGUGAGUCUCUUUCUUUUGGGUCCCCUUAAAGAAAGUGAGCGUGAGUGUCACUUCCUUUUCUGCCAUAAACAUAUAAAAGCAAAUAAGCUACUACUUUUAAUACUACUUGUACGAUUAAUUUAACUCCUUUUUGCUCAGAAUGAGGAAGAAACACUACUGUAACUUCCUGUAUGAUGCUGAAGCUUUAAAGGUUCAGGCAUUACUGGACAGAUUUGGUCUUUUAUGAAGACGUUUGUAUCCAACAUUUGCAUUUAAACAGGAAAGUGUGAAGAAAAUUGGAGUAGAGUAGUUGGGGUAGAGUAGGGUAAGGAUAGGAUCCAACUUAAUGCUGAUAUUAAUGCUGACAUAAUAGGGCUAACAUAAAUGUUAACUUAUCCAACAUCACCUGCAUUUUAUGUGGCAUCAACCUGGCUGUACCUUUUAAUAUUCAAGUAUGUCUUUCACAGACAACACACUGGGGGGCAGAGGAAACAAAUUAUGGACACAUCACUGUCAUAUCACCUUUUAAGUCGGUUUGGGAACUAGCAGCUAGUCUCUGACUGUGUCUCCCUGCUGUUUGGUGCUGAGCAGGGAGUGUGCGGUGGGUUUUCAUCGCGUUUGUGCUGAGACCAGAUGCCUACUGCGGCUAAAAACGAUGCUAAGAGACACUGAACCAAAACCUUGUGGGCUAGUCAGCUAAAGAGUGAACCGAAACUCGCUAUUAAGCUCUGGAAAGCUGAGUGGUGCUGCAGAUUCAGGUGAAUAUUCUCUGUAGGU